AUGGAGAGGAAGGUACUUUUGGGUCAAAAGCUGAUUUUGGUGAUAUUACUGUUGGGGGAGUUACAUGGAUACAAAAGCUGUAUUGAGAAAGAGAGGAAAGCUUUGUUGGAUCUCAAGAAACAUGUGGUCUCACAGAGUUUUACAAGGGACCCUGACUUUAUUCUCACUGAUUGGACUAAUGACACAAAGAGCGAUUGCUGCAGAUGGAACGAAAUUAAGUGCAGUCGUACAAGUGGGAGAGUGAUCAACCUUUCAAUUGGUUAUAUUUCGCGUCUUGAAGAGAACUCCCUCCUAAAUCUUUCUUUGCUACAUCCGUUUGAAGAGAUUCAAAGCCUGGACUUAUCCGGGGACUAUGGGAGCGGAUUCAGUGCCAUGUUUGAUGAUGUGGAAGGUUAUGAAAGCCUAAGUAAAUUAAAAAAUCUGGAGAUUUUGGAUCUCUCUUCCAAUAAUUACAGCAACAGUAUCUUUCCCUUUCUUAAUGCUGCUACAUCGAUUAAAACUUUACUUCUUGGAGACAACACAAUGUAUGGUCCAUUUCCUGUUAAAGAUUUUAUAAACUUGACAAACUUGGAAGUGCUGGAUUUAAGUGGAAAUAGAUUUAACAGCUCCGUAUCAGUACAAGAUUCUCCUCACCUGAUGAAACUCAAAGCUCUGGAUCUAAGUGGCAAUGAAUUGUCUAAUUCAAUGGAAUUGCAAGGAAUAUGUAAACUGAAAAAUUUGCAAGAACUCGAUAUCAGCCACAACGAACUUUCAGGCCAAUUUCCUAUAUGUAUAGCUAGUUUAACUGGACUUCGAGCUCUUGAUCUAUCAUCUAACCAAUUGACUGGGAAGGUACCAUCCACUCUCGGUAAUCUCAGAAGUAUUGAGUACUUAUCACUGGUUAAUAACAACUUUGAAGGCCUCUUCUCAUUCAAUUCGCUCACCAACCUCUCAAGGCUCAAAGUAAUCACACUUUGUUCAAAAUCCAACUCACUGCAAGUGGAGUUGGGAAGUUCUUGGAAACCAAAAUUUCAGUUGACUGUUGUCCAGCUAGGAUCUUGCAAUUUGGUGGAGGUUCCUCAGUUUUUUUUACACCAAAAAGAUUUGCGUCAUGUUGAUCUUUCCAACAAUAAUAUUUCUGGAUUGUUUCCUUCUUGGCUGCUGGAGAACAAUACCAAACUAGACGUUUUGGAUCUACAAAGGAAUUUGUUUACAAGCUUUCAGCUACCGAAGGCGUCUCAUCAUUUGAUUUUCUUGGAUGUGUCAGCAAAUGAAUUUAGUCAAAUCUUUCCUCAGAACAUUGGGUGGAUACUUCCCCACUUACAUCAUAUGAAUCUAUCGCAGAACAGUUUUUAUGGAAAUCUGCCAUCUUCUCUGGGUAACAUGGAUAAGAUGUACUUUCUUGAUAUAUCUCAUAAUAGCUUCCAUGGGGAACUACCGAGAAGUUUUGAAAUGGGCUGUGUCUCUCUAAGAUUUUUAAAGCUGUCCCAUAACAAACUAAGUGGAGAAAUUUUUGCAGGAUCGCCUAACUUCACCAGUUUAGAUGUAUUGUUGAUGGAUAACAACCAAUUUAGAGGAAAUAUCAGAGAAGGUUUGCGUGGUUUGCACUCAUUGAGAGUGCUUGACAUGUCCAACAACUAUCUCACAGGUGUUAUUCCAAGUUGGAUUGGAGAGUUUCUAAGCUUGAAUGCACUAUUCAUUUCAAACAAUCUGUUGGAAGGUGAAAUACCUGUUUCCGUGUUCAACAUGCUUGAACUCGGGCCAUUGGACCUCUCUGCAAACAAUUUAUCCGGCACCAUACCUCCACGCCUCAAAUCAAUCUUUGAUGUUGUGUUAAACGUGCAAGAUAACAAUUUGUUAGGGCCUAUACCGGACACAUUGCUGGAAAAUGUUGCUGUGCUUGAUCUGAGGAACAACAAGUUGUCUGGUAAUAUUCCAGAGUUUGUCCACACCCAAAACAUCAGUAUACUUCUUCUGAAAGGGAACAACUUAACAGGCCCAAUUCCUCAAAAGUUGUGCGAGUUCAGUAUCAUCAGCCUCCUGGAUCUUUCUAACAAUAAACUGAAUGGAUCUAUACCUUCAUGUCUUAGCAAGACAUCAUUCGGUAAGGGAAAGGAAUAUAAGCCAUAUGGUUAUGAUUUUGACAUUGGAUUUGGUGAUCUACGUCUUGAAGUGGACUCUGACUCAAAUUAUCCAAGAAGAUACUACAACUCUGUGCUUGUGCUAGAUUCUUUUAGUCUAGAAUACACCACAGCCACCCAAACUAAAAUAAAGUUUGCAGCAAAGCAACGCUACGACACCUAUAUGGGUGGAAGUCUAAAAUAUUUAUUUGGGUUGGAUCUCUCAGAAAAUGAGUUAACUGGUGACAUUCCGGAAGAGCUUGGAGAUCUUUUGGAACUACAUGCGCUGAAUCUUUCGCGCAACGGCUUAUCAGGUGCCCUGCCAGAAACUUUUUCCAGACUAGAGAACAUGGAGAGCCUUGACCUUUCUUUCAACAGUUUACAAGGCGAAAUCCCAUCACAACUGACAGAGAUGAGAAGUCUUGCUGUCUUUAAUGUAUCUUACAACGAUCUAUCCGGUGUCAUUCCACAGGGAAAACAGUUUAACACCUUUGACGAAAGCAGCUACAUUGGGAAUCCUCAUCUAUGUGGAAAACCCACAGUUAGAAGUUGUAGUAGUAUCAAUGUUUCAGAAGCUGAUGACGAUGCAGUCUUCAUGGAAUCUUUCCGAAUGAGUUUUAUUGUAGGCUAUGUGACCAUAGUGCUGGUAAUACUCGCUUCACUCUCUUGUGAUUCUCCUUGGAGAAGAGCUUGGUUUAGUGUUGUCGAUGCUUUUAACCGCAUGAUGAGAAGUUUGUCAUCCUAA